UGUGAAAUGACAAAUCUAGUGUGCUCUGUCAGAAUUGCUGUCUCAAAAUUGUUGUGGCCCACAGGUGCAUCUUCGCAGAGAUGCCCAUUGAUUUCCAUUGAUCGCCAUGGAAACGUCAGUACUCUCCGAUCUCAGCGAGCUGUCGCUCCAAUCUCUGGGGAUUGGAGUUGCUGGAAGGGGCCAGGCCAGAAGGGAAAUCGGUGCCUACGACUGGCAGUCGCUGCUGAACUCAGUACGGCCGAGUAUUCGCAAGAAGUCCGAUCUGUUGAUAGCCGUCACCCACUGGCUGGUGACCAAGGAGUACCGCCUGCGAUGCGCCUCCCAGUUGCCCAGCUACCCAGUUUCCGGCGGCAGGCAAUUGGCCGGCGGCUGUGGAGCUGUGUGCGAACUGCUGCCCGAUCACUGGAAUCGGGAGGCCGAUAGAUACACGCUGAACUACACGGAUGGACUGGGUGGUCAGUAUGUGCUUAUGGCCAAGCUGAGUCGUCGGGAUCUGGUCAUCAGUCUGCAGAACUCGACCAGCAAACGAAUGGCCAUCGCCUGUGUGCAGCCGGAGCAUCUGGUGCGUUCCACAUGCAAGUCAUCGAUGGACAAGUGCAUUCCCAUGCUGGACAAGUUCAUGAAGAGAUUGCGCGUCGAACUGGUGGAUCCGGCGGUGCGGGGCACCAAAAGAUUGGUCGAGGCACCGUCCUGCAAUAGGAAAAUUUGGAAAAAGGAGCUACCCGUCCGGCAAUCGGCCACUUCUAGUGUGACCUUCAAUCUCGCCAAGAGCGCCCAUGGUCUGGAUUGUGAGGAGUCCACUUAGGGAUGCAGAACUCACCAUUCAAUACAAAUAAAUAUGAAAUUAUCAGUGCAGAGUCGAAAUCACACUUCGCUUAA